AUGGUGGGCCUGACAACUUCGGACAUGCACCCGACCAUGGGGAUCAAGAUCUUCUCAGCUGGAGUGUCGGCCUGCUUGGCGGAUGUGAUCACCUUCCCGCUAGACACCGCCAAAGUUCGGCUACAGAUCCAAGGUGAAUGCCAGCCCUCCAGUGCCAUUAGGUAUAAAGGUGUCUUGGGAACAAUCACUACUCUGGCAAAAACAGAAGGACCAAUGAAACUCUACAGUGGGCUGCCUGCUGGCCUUCAGAGACAAAUUAGCUUUGCCUCUCUUAGGAUUGGCCUUUAUGAUACUGUCCAGGAGUUCUUCACAGCAGGGAAAGAAACACCAGCUAGUUUAGGAAGCAAGAUCUCCGCUGGCUUAACAACUGGAGGAGUAGCAGUGUUUAUUGGGCAACCCACAGAAGUUGUGAAGGUCAGACUUCAAGCACAGAGCCAUCUGCAUGGUCUCAAACCACGCUACACUGGGACUUACAAUGCUUACAGAAUUAUAGCAACAACUGAAGGUUUGAGAGGUCUUUGGAAAGGGACUACUCCCAAUCUGACAAGAAAUGUCAUCAUCAAUUGUACAGAGCUAGUAACAUAUGACCUAAUGAAGGAGAGCCUUGUGAAAAACAACCUACUAGCAGAUGAUGUGCCCUGCCACUUAUUGUCUGCUCUUAUUGCUGGAUUUUGCACAACGAUUCUGGCCUCUCCAGUGGAUGUGGUGAAAACCAGAUUUAUAAAUUCUCCACCAGGACACUACACAAGUAUACCCAACUGUGCAGUGGCUAUGUUCACCAAAGAAGGACUGCCAGCUUUUUUCAAAGGGUUUGUACCUUCCUUCUUGCGACUGGGAUCCUGGAAUGUCAUUAUGUUUGUGUGCUUUGAACAGCUGAAACAAGAAUUGAUGAAGUCAAGGCAGACUAUGGACUGUGCCACAUAA